UUUCCUCGAUUCAUGACUGAACCGUCACGAAUGUAUCUUUUGAUGAUUGCGAUGAUGCCUUGACAUUCCCAUCUUUGCGAAGAGACAUCGAUCAUCGUUAUCCCAUCCCGUCCUCAUUGCUCUCCCGGUACCCCCACCACCCCAGCCACCCACCCACCCACAGCCACUGCUCUGCCUAGCUUAGCCCCCCUCGCUCCUUAACGUAUCUAUUUAGUAUUUGUUUUCUUCAUGGUAUCAUCUUUUGGAAUCCGAGCUUUGCUCUCCCGUCGCUGCCAUCGCCUGGGCCUGGGCCUCGCCACCAGAGCGACCUACUCCUCCCAACCAUUCGAGAACGACCCGAUCUGUGAGCUGGCGGCCUCCAACCUCCGAUUUGGUCCAGGAUCCACAGCCGAAGUCGGGGCUGACUUGAAGCAUGUUCUGUCGGCGGAGCGUGUGGUUGUAUUCACUGAUCGCAACGUUCGCAAACUCCCCUGCAUGCAAGUCCUAUUAGAAUCGCUGGAGACCAAUGGCAUCAGCAGUGUUGUCAUCUACGAUCAAGUGAGGGUAGAACCCACGGAUGCCAGUUUUCAGCAUGCCAUUGAUUUCCUGACCAACACGGUUGGCACGGAUAAUUACGAUGCCGUGGUUGCUCUAGGCGGAGGAUCCACCAUGGACACGGCAAAAGCAGCCAACCUGUAUGCCGCUUUUCCACCCAAGGGUGGGUUCUUUGACUACGUGAAUCCGCCCGUGGGUAAGGGCCUCCCAGUUCCAGCCAUCUCACAAGGAUCGCUGCCACCACUGAUUGCUAUCCCCACCACGGCAGGAACGGGAAGUGAAACCACCGGUGUAGCCAUCUUUGACGACACCAAGACACAAAGCAAAACGGGCAUUGCCAACCGACGGUUAAAGCCAACCCUCGGAAUUGUGGACCCCUUGAAUACCCUGACCCAACCAAGGGAGGUUGCCUGCUACUCUGGUCUAGAUGUGCUGUGCCAUGCCAUUGAAAGUUACACGGCACUUUAUUUCAACAAGAGACCCAAACCAGAGACCCCGCUUCAACGACCUACGUAUCAAGGCAGCAACCCCAUUAGUGACAUUUGGGCGCUCUUUGCAUUGGAAACGGCCGCUCAGAAUCUACAAUUAGCAAUAUCCGACCCAGAAAACGAGGAUGCCAGAGCCAAAAUGCUCAUGGCAUCGUCCGCUGCGGGCAUGGGAUUCGGCAACGCUGGAGUUCAUCUGUGUCAUGGAAUGUCGUAUCCCGUCGCGUCUCAAUGCAAAAGCUAUACUCCCGCCAGUGGGUAUGACACGGAUCAUCCAAUUGUCCCGCACGGACUCUCGGUGUUUGUCAAUGCCCCGGCAGUCUUUCGGUUUACGGGCGUGGCCAAUCCGGAACGACACAGGACGUGUGCACAAAUUUUGUCGGGUGCUAGUACAGCACCAAAAUCAAAACAGGUUGCCGAUGCGGACGUGGGGCUUUGGCUGGCAGAUGAACUGAUGGAACUAGCCGUGCGACUCGAUGUCCCCAUGGGCCUGCGCACUUUUGGAUACACGGAAGAAGACAUUCCAAGUCUGGUACAGGGUACACUACCACAACAUCGAGUCACCAAAAUAUCCCCUCGGCCUGUGGGUCAAGCCGAAUUGGAAGAUCUCUUUGCGGACGCUCUAGAUGAAUAGCGGAAGGAAGGCAUCACAAAAGAUUACUGAUAGCUAGAGCACUGUCUCGAGUUGCAACAACACGAACAACUAGCUAGUUACUGAGCCUGUAUUCAUGGAGAGUUUUUCGUGGCUCGAAGAUCCGCAAACAAAUAUCGACCAAAGUGAAUGGUCAUUGCCGUGACUUCGAGACUGAUUGAUCACACAAUCCGCAGCAAAGUGUUCGUCAACGAUGGCUGGCUGGCAUCCAGCUGAUAGAGCGAGUGACGGAGGAAAACAGCAACAUAUUAUCCUUUUCACUAGUUUCUAAGACGACUGUCUGUUUCCUUCCCCUCUUCCUGCAGGCUUUGGCGGAUAGUAACUUUAAACUAGAAAAGCUGGAGAAUGUCGUCGUGCAUUCGGCAUGCCUUACAGCUGGACAGUUACGGAAACAGUUCUGGGUGGCUUCUCCUGGCAAGAUGUUGGAUCCAGAACAUCAUCUAUUGAAAUGGAUUGUUCAACCUGAAAUUUGUACCACAUGUCCUGGUGGCCGGGAGUCUCCAUGCACCCAUCAAUCAUGUGAUAAGAUUUCAUGUUCAGCAAGCCCAUGGCUGUUCGAAAGCUAGCCGUCGCUGUUCGUGGUAGACCUGCUCCAAUAACAAAGAUUGGUUGGGGCAAAGGCUGCUUCACUGCCUCCAUGGUGCCUCCCAUGAUCCAGUUGUGUAGAAAGUCCCAUGUGUUCAUCCGAAACUCUUCUCCCUCAGGUUGCUCUCCUUUCAUGGCACCAUUAUCUGCUGGUGCAGCAUCCGUGGCCACAGAAGCCACUACUAGAAGCUGCACCAAGAUAAAGCAAUGAUCAGUCUAGUAGCAACCAUCCUGGACAGUCUUCUUUUAUGAGGCGCCCUUGAUGAGAUCCGGAGCUCUGGGGAUGGCAAGGCGCAAGAUCGGCACCAGAUCUGGGGAAUACUUUGACUAGCUAGCUAGUACACGUAAUCUUGAAGCAAAAUAGCAGCAAUAAUAACAGGAUAACUUAUCAAGCCCGAAC